AUGGAAGGUCUUAGCAGAAUGUUAGAUAAAGCCAAGGAACUACAAUGGAUCAAUGAUUUUGAUGUUGGCAACAUGACAACAAACUCAGUCAAUGUCUCGCACCUUUUGUAUGCUGAUGAUACCUUAAUAUUUUGUGGGGCUGAAUCAAGACAAAUGUUUUACCUUAAUAUUACCCUGCUAAUCUUUGAAGCUUUAUCUGGACUUCAUAUCAACAUGCUCAAGAGUGUUAUAUAUUCUGUCAAUGAGGUUACAAAUCUGGCAGAGUUGGCAGAAAUUUUGUGCUGCAACACUGGCUCCUUCCCAACAACAUAUCUGGGACUUCCAUUGGGUGCUAAGUUUAAAGCUACAUUCAGUUGGGGUAGUGUGAUUGAAAAAUUUGAGAAAAGGCUAGCCUCCUGGCAGAUCUAG